AUUCAAAGUUGAAGAAGACUUAUGGAAUUAGAAUUAGUAAAUACUCGGAGAAAAAUCAACAAUGCUCAGACUUCAGAAAUUAGAAUUGCCAAAUACUUGGAGCAAAAUCUACAUUGAUCAUAUUUGGAAGCUUAAAACAGGCUAGGCAGGCUGCCCAGAUGAAAUAUUUUUCUUUGGAAACGAGUGUUUCUAUCUUCUGCUUGUUCGUUUUGGUCCUUGGAGAACUUGGGCAAGCCCUUCCCUGCUGUCCAAAAUCAAGCUGUGGGUCUGGCCCGGACAUCCGAUUCCCGUUCCGGCUCAAAGAUCGGCAACCAGAGCUCUGUGGAUAUCCUGGGUUUGAUUUGUCAUGCACAGAGAGGAACGAGACAUUACUUGAGCUACCAGAUUCCGUGAAACUAUACAUACAAGAUAUUGAUUAUGUAUCUCAAAUUAUUAAUGUGUCUGAUCCUGAUGAUUGCUUUGUGAGACAGGCUUCAAACAUCGACUUUUCUGCUUCUCCUUUCAUAUUUGAAUCAUCAGAUCAGUACCUGAGCGAUUAUACCUUAUUCAAUUGUUCUUCACCAAAGAUAGAUAUACAUGACAAAGUCCCUUGCCUUGGCGUUCCAGGCUAUGAAGUUAACGCGAUUCCUGGUCACCAACGCAUCAGUGACGAUGACCUGACAUCUUGCACCAAGAUGUAUAACAUUCUAUCAUUUCCCAACUAUAUAUUUGGGAUUGACUCAGGAAGUAUUAUUCAAUUGACAUGGUCCAAAUCAGCAUGUGGAUUGUGUGAAGCUCGCGGAGGAACGUGUGAAUUGAAGAGUGAUCGCACUGAAUCGUGCAACAUGAGUCAUCAGAGCCGAAGAAACAGAGGUUCCUCAACCAAGUUAAUAAUUGCAGGAGCAACGUCCGUGGGUUCAUUUAUUCUGGUAGCAGCCUUCAUUGCACUUUAUCAUCUCUACCAUGCUGACAGAAAAGAAAAGGAGAAUCAAGCAAACAUUGAGAAAUUUUUGGAAGAAUACAAAGCUCUCACCCCCACAAGAUACUCGUACGCUGAUCUAAAGAGGAUUACAAAUCAAUUUAAGGACAAGUUGGGCCAAGGAGCAUAUGGAGAAGUGUUCAAGGGGAAGCUUUCUAGCGAGAUCCCUGUGGCUGUGAAGAUUCUCAACAAUUGCACAGGAAAUGGGGAAGAGUUCAUCAAAGAAGUUGGAACACUGGGAAGAAUCCACCAUUUGAAUGUAGUUCGCUUGGUUGGUUUUUGUGCCGAGGGAUUCCAUAGAGCAUUUGUUUAUGAAUUCUUACCAAAUGAAUCAUUGGAGAAAUUCAUAUUUUCAAAUCAUGGUCAGCAUCGUUCUCUUGAUUGGGAGAAGCUACAAGAUAUUGCCCUUGGAAUAGCUAAAGGAAUAGAGUAUCUUCAUCAAGGUUGUGAUCAGCGAAUCCUACAUUUUGAUAUCAAACCUUAUAAUAUUCUUCUUGAUGAUAACUUCAUUCCAAAAAUUUCUGAUUUUGGUCUCGCAAAAUUAUGCUCCAAGGAUCAUAGUUUUGUAUCCAUGACUACAGCUAGAGGGACCAUGGGCUAUAUGGCACCUGAAGUGUUCUCAAGGAACUUUGGCAAUGUGUCCUAUAAAUCCCACGUAUAUAGUUUUGGAAUGUUGUUGCUGGAAAUGGUUGGAGGAAGGAAGAACACCCAUGUUAACGUGGAAAACAAUAGUGACCAAGUAUUCUUUCCUGAAUGGAUAUAUGAUCAAUUGGAUAGAGGAGAAGAUAUGAGAAUCAGAAUUGAGGAAGAAGGUGAUGCUAAAAUAGCCAAGAAACUCACCAUUGUUGGAUUAUGGUGCAUUCAGUGGUUCCCAAUAGACCGUCCCUCCUUGACAAUGGUUGUUCAAAUGUUGGAAGGAGAAGUAGAUGAUUUAGCAAUGCCUCCUAAUCCUUUCAACUCUACACGCAUGCCUGCUGGGAGACAUCUUCACCAAGAUCAGUUACCAGUCAUCUCUGAAAUAGAGUGACUUGCUAUAAAUCAAUAGCAAUUGGUGUAGAAAUUAAAUUCUCAAUUUCAUGUGUCUGCAACACAUUUGUUUCCCAUAAUAAUUUCCUUAAGUUGAUUUUGAAUGCAA